AGUGGGGAGGCUCGGGUUGCAGGCUCUGGGGCGAUAUAGCUCCUGUCAGUGGGUGGGUCGGUCCUUCCGCCGGCCCUCCCCUCCCCGGUCUCCGGGGGAGGCGCGGUGGAGUCCCCCCCAGGGCCCCCAGAUGGGGGAGAAGCGGCGACGGCGGCAGUGGAAUAAUCGAGCCGGAGCGUGAGCGGCCCCGGGGCUCAGUUCCCCGCGGAGGCCAUGGGCGACCCAGCCCCCGCCCGCAGCCUGGACGACAUCGACCUGUCCGCCCUGCGGGACCCUGCUGGAAUCUUUGAGCUGGUGGAAGUGGUCGGCAAUGGAACCUACGGACAGGUGUACAAGGGUCGGCAUGUCAAGACUGGGCAGCUGGCUGCCAUCAAGGUCAUGGAUGUCACAGAGGAUGAGGAGGAAGAGAUCAAGCAGGAGAUCAACAUGUUGAAAAAGUAUUCUCACCAUCGAAACAUUGCCACCUACUAUGGAGCCUUCAUCAAGAAGAGUCCCCCUGGAAACGACGAUCAGCUCUGGCUGGUGAUGGAAUUCUGUGGUGCUGGUUCAGUGACCGACCUGGUAAAGAACACAAAGGGUAACGCUCUGAAAGAGGACUGCAUCGCCUACAUCUGCAGGGAGAUUCUCAGGGGUCUGGCCCAUCUCCAUGCCCACAAGGUGAUCCAUCGAGACAUUAAGGGGCAGAAUGUGCUGCUGACAGAGAAUGCUGAGGUCAAGCUAGUGGAUUUUGGGGUGAGUGCUCAGCUGGACCGCACGGUGGGCAGGCGAAACACUUUCAUUGGGACUCCCUACUGGAUGGCCCCAGAAGUCAUCGCCUGUGAUGAGAACCCUGACGCCACUUACGAUUAUAGGAGUGACAUUUGGUCUCUGGGAAUCACAGCCAUCGAGAUGGCAGAGGGAGCCCCCCCUCUGUGUGACAUGCACCCCAUGCGAGCCCUCUUCCUCAUCCCUCGGAAUCCUCCACCCAGGCUCAAGUCCAAGAAAUGGUCUAAGAAGUUCAUUGACUUCAUCGACACAUGUCUCAUCAAGACUUACUUGAGCCGCCCACCUACAGAACAGUUACUGAAGUUUCCCUUCAUCCGAGACCAGCCCACGGAGCGGCAGGUCCGCAUCCAGCUCAAGGACCACAUCGACCGGUCCCGGAAGAAACGGGGUGAGAAAGAGGAGACAGAAUACGAGUACAGCGGCAGUGAGGAAGAAGACGACAGCCACGGAGAGGAAGGAGAGCCAAGCUCCAUCAUGAACGUGCCUGGCGAGUCCACACUACGCCGGGAGUUUCUCCGGCUUCAGCAGGAGAAUAAGAGCAACUCAGAGGCUUUAAAGCAGCAGCAGCAGCUGCAGCAGCAGCAACAGCGAGAUCCUGAGGCACACAUCAAGCACCUGCUACACCAGCGGCAGCGACGCAUAGAGGAGCAGAAGGAGGAGCGGCGGCGUGUUGAGGAGCAACAGCGGCGGGAGCGGGAGCAGCGGAAGCUGCAGGAAAAGGAGCAGCAGCGGCGGCUGGAGGACAUGCAGGCGUUGCGGCGGGAGGAGGAGCGGCGGCAGGCGGAGCGAGAGCAGGAAUAUAUCCGUCACAGGCUAGAGGAGGAGCAGCGACAGCUCGAGAUCCUUCAGCAACAGCUGCUCCAGGAACAGGCCCUGCUGCUGGAAUACAAGCGGAAGCAGCUGGAGGAGCAGCGGCAGUCAGAACGUCUCCAGAGGCAACUGCAGCAGGAGCACGCCUACCUCAAGUCCCUGCAGCAGCAGCAACAGCAGCAGCAGCAGCUUCAGAAACAGCAGCAGCAGCAGAUCCUGCCUGGGGAGAGGAAGCCCCUGUAUCAUUAUGGUCGGGGCAUUAAUCCCGCUGACAAGCCAGCCUGGGCUCGAGAGGUAGAAGAGAGAACAAGGAUGAACAAGCAGCAGAACUCUCCCUUGGCCAAGACCAAGCCAAGCAGCACAGGGCCUGAGCCCUCCAUCCCCCAGGCCUCCCCUGGACCCCCAGGACCUCUUUCUCAAACUCCUCCUAUGCAGAGGCCGGUGGAGCCCCAGGAGGGACCACACAAGAGCCUGGUAGCACACCGGGUCCCACUGAAGCCAUAUGCAGCACCUGUACCCCGAUCCCAGUCCCUGCAGGACCAGCCCACCCGAAACCUGGCUGCCUUCCCAGCCUCUCACGACCCUGAUCCUGCCAUCCCCACACCCGCUGCCACGCCCAGUGCCCGGGGAGCUGUCAUCCGCCAGAAUUCAGACCCCACCUCUGAAGGGCCUGGCCCCAGCCCCAACCCCCCAGCCUGGGUCCGGCCAGACAACGAGGCCCCACCCAAGGUGCCUCAGAGGACCUCAUCUAUCGCCACUGCCCUUAACACCAGUGGGGCCGGAGGGUCCCGGCCAGCCCAGGCUGUCCGAGCAAGACCUCGCAGCAACUCCGCCUGGCAAAUCUAUCUGCAAAGGCGGGCAGAGCGGGGCACCCCCAAGUCUCCAGGGCCCCCUGCUCAGCCCCCUGGCCCGCCCAACGCCUCUAGUAACCCCGACCUCAGGAGGAGCGACCCUGGCUGGGAGCGCUCAGACAGUGUCCUCCCGGCCUCUCAUGGGCACCUUCCUCAGGCUGGCUCACUGGAGCGAAACCGUGUGGGAGCCUCCUCCAAACUGGAUAGCUCCCCAGUACUCUCCCCUGGGAACAAAGCCAAGCCUGAUGACCACCGCUCCCGGCCAGGCCGGCCCGCAAGCUAUAAGCGAGCAAUCGGUGAGGUUAGUGAGGUGGGGCCUGCUUGUGGGAGCCCUCUCCUGCUACCCUGCCCGGUCUCCUCUCCUCCUCUGUACCACCCCGCCAGAGCCCAUCUUCUGCCCUUCCCUCAUACAUCUCUUCCCUUGCAGGAUUUCGUGUUACUGAAAGAGCGGACUCUGGAUGAAGCCCCUCGGCCUCCCAAGAAGGCCAUGGACUAUUCAUCAUCCAGUGAGGAAGUGGAAAGCAGUGAAGAGGAUGAGGAGGAAGGUGAUGGCGAGCCAUCAGAGGGGAGCAGAGACACCCCAGGGGGCCGCAGUGAUGGAGACACAGACAGCGUCAGCACCAUGGUGGUCCAUGACGUUGAGGAAAUCCCUGGGACCCAGCCCCCAUAUGGGGGCGGCACCAUGGUGGUCCAGCGUACCCCUGAAGAGGAGCGGAGCUUGCUGCAUGCUGACAGCAACGGUUACCCAAACCUGCCUGAUGUGGUCCAGCCCAGCCACUCACCUACUGAAAACAGCAAAGGUCAAAGCCCACCUUUGAAGGAUGGAGGAAAUGAUUACCAAUCUCGUGGGCUAGUAAAAGCCCCUGGCAAGAGCUCGUUCACGAUGUUUGUGGAUCUAGGGAUCUACCAGCCUGGAGGCAGUGGGGACACCAUCCCCAUCACAGCCCUAGUGGGUGGAGAGGGUACUCGACUUGAUCAGCUACAGUACGACGUGAGGAAGGGCUCUGUGGUCAAUGUGAACCCCACCAACACCCGGGCCCACAGUGAAACUCCUGAGAUUCGCAAGUACAAGAAACGAUUCAAUUCUGAGAUCCUCUGUGCAGCCCUUUGGGGGGUCAACCUGCUGGUGGGCACGGAGAAUGGGCUGAUGCUGCUAGACCGAAGCGGGCAGGGAAAGGUAUAUGGACUCAUUGGGCGGCGACGCUUCCAGCAAAUGGAUGUGCUGGAGGGGCUCAACCUGCUCAUAACCAUCUCAGGGAAAAGGAAUAAACUGCGGGUGUAUUACCUGUCGUGGCUCCGAAACAAGAUUCUGCACAAUGACCCAGAAGUGGAGAAGAAGCAGGGCUGGACGACUGUGGGGGACAUGGAAGGCUGUGGGCACUACCGAGUUGUGAAAUAUGAGCGUAUUAAGUUCCUGGUCAUUGCCCUGAAGAACUCUGUGGAGGUAUAUGCCUGGGCCCCCAAACCCUACCACAAAUUCAUGGCCUUCAAGUCCUUCGCUGACCUUCCUCACCGCCCUCUGCUGGUUGACCUGACCGUAGAGGAGGGACAGCGUCUCAAGGUCAUUUAUGGCUCCAGUGCUGGCUUCCAUGCUGUGGAUGUCGACUCGGGGAACAGCUAUGACAUCUAUAUCCCUGUGCAUAUCCAGAGCCAGAUCACGCCCCAUGCCAUCAUUUUCCUCCCCAAUACUGAUGGCAUGGAGAUGCUGCUGUGCUAUGAAGACGAGGGGGUCUAUGUCAACACAUAUGGGCGGAUCAUCAAAGAUGUGGUGUUGCAGUGGGGAGAGAUGCCCACCUCUGUGGCCUACAUCUGCUCCAACCAGAUCAUGGGCUGGGGUGAGAAAGCCAUUGAGAUCCGCUCUGUGGAGACAGGCCACCUGGAUGGGGUCUUCAUGCACAAACGAGCCCAGAGGCUCAAGUUCCUGUGUGAGCGGAAUGACAAGGUCUUUUUUGCCUCAGUCCGCUCCGGGGGCAGCAGCCAAGUUUACUUCAUGACUCUGAACCGUAACUGCAUCAUGAACUGGUGACAGGGCCCUGGGCUGGGGCUGUCCCACGCUGGACCCAGCUCUUCCCCCAACAGCCAGACUUCCCAGGCCUCUCCUUUUUCCCCCCUCCCUGGGCUUUUGCUUUUACUGGUUUGAUUCACUGGAGCCUGCUGGGAACAUGACCUCUGACCCCCAAUGCUUUUGUGAUCACGUGACCAUCCUCUCCCCAACAUAUUCUUUCCCCAAAACUGUGCCCCUCUCCAACUUCUGGGGAGGGACACAGCUUCCCCUUACCAGGAAUCAAAUGGGCCUAGCCCCACCUCCCUUUUCUCCACUUCAGAGGAAAGUGCUGGGGUUUGGACCCCUUAACCCACUGCUGCUGACUGGGCAGGGCCCUGGACCCCUUAAUUUGCACGUCAGGGGAGCCGGCUCCCCCCUUGAAUGUACCAGACCCUGGGGGGGGUCACUGGGCCCUAGGUUUUUGGGGGGUCACCAGCCACUCCAGGGGCAGGGACCAUUUCUUUAUUUUCUGAAAGCACUUUAAUGAUUCUCCUCCCCCCAAACCCCAGGGAAUGGAGGAGGGACCCCGCCAACCAAAACAUUCCCCCUUCCCAAACCAGAUCCCCUCUAUUGGCCUCUGCCCCUCCUUGGAGUGAGGGAGUAGGAUGCUCUCCCCUCCAGCCCCCCUUGCUUGCAUCUGUACAUAGUGUGAGCAGCAAGUAGCCCUUUUCCUCCUCCCUCCCCCUUCCUCAAUGUAGUGGCCUUGGAUAUCCCGUUUGUUAAUAAAGACAAUUCAACCAGC